AUGGAAGUAAUGUUUGCUUUGGAAAAGGAAGCACUGAUGCGUCAGCAUAGGAUGGCGGCGAUAACGGCAAGUGGAAACUCUUCAAUAGAAAGAUUUUAUGCCGGCUCCACAGUGUUUGUUACCGGCGGCUCGGGUUUUCUCGGAAAACUUCUAGUUGAGAAACUGUUCAGGUCUUGUAAUGUCAACAAAGUAUUUUUACUGUUGAGAUCGAAAAAAGAUAAAAAUGCACAGCAUCGGGCGAAGGAUAUUCUAAUGGAUCCGGUAUUCGAUAGUUUGCACAAACAUAGGCCAGAAUUCGUGAAUAAUGUAUUGGCAGUGGAAGGAAAUGUUAGCAAAAUUAGACUUGGUCUUAACAGUACCGACUGGAACACAUUAGCUGAGCAGGUAAAUAUUAUCUUCCACGUUGCCGCAACGGUCAACUUUGACGAAACAAUUAAAAUAGCUACCCUGACUAAUGUGCGUGGAACAAGGGAAAUAUUGCAUUUAGCUAAAGCUUGUAAAAAUUUGCGGUCCAUAGUUCAUGUUUCAACUGCUUAUUCCCACGCCACCAAAAGUCGUGUUGAUUCAGCAGUGAAAGAGCAAUUUUACGAAAGUCCGAUGCCGCCUAAUGUUAUGAUAGAACUGGCUGAAAACAUGGAUGAAAAGAACCUAAGUUCCAUGGCUCAAACGCUUAUGGAUGACUGGCCAAAUACCUACUCAUUCUCCAAAGCAUUAGCUGAGGAAAUUGUUCGCAGUGAAGCUUGUAAUUUACCUAUAUGCAUCGUGAGGCCAGCUAUAGUUGUUUCUUCGUAUAAUGAACCAACGAUUGGCUGGAUUGAUCCCAAUAAUGCGUACGGACCAAGUGGACUUAUUUUGGGCAUAUUAACUGGUAUAUUGCAUACUUUGGUGGCAAAACAAGAAAUAGUCCUUAGUAUUGUACCUGUGGAUAUUGUCGUUAACACUGUAAUAGCUGCUGGUUGGGAAACUACAAAACAGCAGACCAACGAAGACGAUAUUAAGAUUUACAAUGUCACUAAUAAUCGUAGUCCCAUGCUUUGGAACGACAACGUUCUCAAGGUUUAUAAUAAUAUGUCGAAAUACGACCAAGAAGUUUUCAACUGCGAUAUGGCGACCGUAGACUUUAAACAACUGGUCGUGACUUGGGCUUUCGGCGUUCGCAAGUAUAUCAUCAAAGACUUCUUCUAG